CGAAUCAUUACAAAUAAUAAAAAUUAACAAAGUAGAAAAAAAAAGUUUUUCAAUAGAAGCACUAGUUUUCAAAUCUUCAGAUAUUUGUUAGAAUUAGCAUUUUUUUGUGUAUUAAAAUAUAUUCAGUAAUAGUAGUUGUUCUCAGUUAUGGAUUUAAAGUACAGUCAAGCAGGAAACUAUCCUUAAAGAAGUAUUUCACCAGUUAGGUUUGACGAUGAUAGAGUUAACUAUUAGCCAUUAUAAAAUAGUCAAAAUAUGAUUCAAUAAUCAUAUUCUUCACCAUAAAAAUUCAGAACCAAGCCACAAAUAUUCUAAUCACCUUCUUAUCUUUAGUAAACAGCUACUACUAACUUAAGCUUUGGUAGUCCUUAAAUCUUAGAUUAAGAUGAGAGAGUCCUAAAUAAUAACUUAGAAGCUACCUAACAACAGAUUUAGUAACUUCUUUAAGACAAAGAGAGUCUCAUUGAUAAUUUAAGCAAUUUGCAAAGAUAAAUUUUAUAGCUUGAAAUGUAACUAUAACAAGAACAAAGAAUUAACAGAAGUGUAGCAACUGAAUAUAUGAUAAAAUUACCAUCAGCUGAAAAGAAAAUACUUGAAUUGAAUGCCGAAAAUUAAAAGCUAUAUGAAUAAAUAGAAAAUGAAAAAAGACUUUGUUCAUAAGAUUACCUAAAGAAGCUAGAACUUGAAAACUUGAGAUUAACUGUGAAGAAUAAGCAACUUGCUUUAAGCAAUGAAAACCUCUAAAGUUAACUUUAAAUCUAUAGCAAAUAAAAUUAUCCUAAUUCUCUUAAAAGUUCUCCAACUAAGAAACCUUUCAUUUAAGUAUCAGUAAAUUGCAGUAAAGAUGAUGAAAUUGAAAUAAUUGAUGAUAAAUAGAUUUUGGUAAAUAAGCCUUAUUCAUUUACAUCUUAAUCUUAUAAACAAGAAUAGGAAAGUAUCGAUUAGAAUGUUGAAUCAAAGCUCCUCAAAUUAGAGUCAUAUGUCUAGAUUCUAAAAAAAGAAUAUGAUUAGCUUGAAGAUAAUAAUAGGGAGCUAAAUAAAAAGCUUAAAACUUUAGCAUUUUAAAAAGAAGCUAGUGAGACUGACUAUCAGCAAAAGAUAUUAAAGCUUGAAAGUUUAGUAACAAAUCUAGAAUAUUAACUUAGAAAGCUUAAGAAUGAGCAAGAAUAAAAAAAUAAUUCUUAAGAAUAAGUGUAGAAGCAGUCUACAGCAAAUAUUGAAAGAAACUAUUAAUCAAAUACUAAUACCAUCAGAAUACUGCAUGACGGAGAUGUUAACAUUAAAAUUGAAGGGGAGGCUCUAAACAAGUUAACUACUGUUUCAGUAAUUUAGCAUUGA